AUGAACAACGUUUCACAGACUAUGGAUGGAUCUGACAGAAGGACGUCAAUGUCCAAAAGGUCACCGUCAAUCUUGGUAACAGAUGCACGGUCCUCAGCUAAGAGAAUCAGUGCGCCAUUUGCAGGACACGCAGCCGGAAUAAGAGGCGGUAAGGCUUCCAGAUUAGGACAAGACGGCCCGGAAAGAUUUCGGGCCGUUUCUGCAGGGUUUACACCAGGUUUGAGACGUCGUGGAAGUGUCAAUACGGGCUCCAGUGAUUUUCCACCGGGUCGUCGCUCGAAGAGUAACCAAAAAGCCAAGCAACAGGGCAAAUUCAGUGACAUUUCUAUCGACAACAUCCUAUCAGAUGUUUCUGAUGUCCCAUCCGGUCGCAGGGAAGAACGACUGUCGUCGUCGUCUCAUGACCUUAACUCACCAACAGACGGCAGAUUUCUGCGGUCUGCUCAACAUGCAAAAAUGAUUAACCCUCUGCCUCCUCGAACCUCCAAAACUUCCAAAAAACUGGUCUUAAUACCUGAUGAGGGAACAGAAAAGAAAAGCAACCUGCAGCAUCUAGAUAGAAAAUGGCACUCUUUAAAGUCAAAGGCGCAUUUUGACAGAUCUUCGAACUUACACAAUGAGUUGUCUCGAAUAACGGCCUAUAACGUUGCCGAAGGUUUUAACACCAAGCUUGCCUCCACGUUUCUCAAAUCAACGCAUGACGUCUCUCCCAGACUAUACGAUGAGUGCCUUUACGUCCCGUACUGCCUGCCAUUGCUACCUGGUAAAGAAGGAUUUAGAAUUAAGUCGAACGUUUCGAAGAAGACAGUGGGUGGAAAAACUCUUAUAGAUCGACUUAUUGAUAAAAGUGAGCAACGAGAUCAUCACUACGAGUAUUAUUCAGGAGUGGAGACCGUAGAAGACAUGAAUAAUAAUUUUGAGUUGAACGAAUCUUUCGUCAAUGAGAACGACAGGUUUGACGUUAUACCCACUCCAGACCAUCUACACAAUCCAUCAAACAGUAAUACAGCUCUAUUCGACCCAGGUGAGCCCCAAUUUUUCGCGGAGGAAAGCACAAAUGACCAGAUGGAUGGAAAUAACUCGGGUAAACAAUCGAAACCUGAGAGACCGUCAUCACAGUCACAGGAGACUCGGUCUCUAGAUACAUAUGACGCUAGUAAACAGCAACAUGCGGAGAUGUUCAUUUUUGGUUAUGGUGUUGUGGUCUUUUGGAAUUUCACAGAAAUUCAAGAGAAGAACAUCCUUGGAGAUAUCGCGUUUGCAGAGUAUGACGAUUUGGUGAUCAGGCCUUUAGAUGAGCAAGAUAUUGAAACUGAACAGUUUCAUUUCGAAUAUGACAUGGAUAUUGAGAGACCGAGUAUUUUCAAUGACAUCGUUACCCUUCGAUCGGGGGAUCACAUCACUAAACUGACUUUGUCCCAUUCAAUUGCUCAAUCUACUAAAUUGUCAAGAUUUGAAUCUAGAAUAUCUCCUAUUUUAGGUACAGUGUCAAAGCUGCCGAAAAGACUGGCAUUAUAUGGCUCUUUGGGUCUUAAGCGUGAACAGCUUUUGAAAAAAUCUGGUAAACUUUUCAAGCUUAGAGUGGAUGUGAAUCUUUCCUCUAGCGUACUGGAUACACCAGAAUUUUUCUGGUCUUUUGAACCUAGCCUCCACCCACUGUACCUAGCCAUGCGUGAAUAUCUUGAAAUCGACCAGAGAGCUCAAGUGCUAAACGACAGGUGUAAAGUCUUUUUAGAGUUCUUUGAUAUCUGUGUUGACUCUGUGGCUGAAAGGAACAUGGCCAAGAUAACGUGGUGGUUUAUUGCCGUCAUUUGCGUCAGUGUCUUGGUCUCGAUUGGCGAGAUAGUUAUUAGGUCAUUCAUCAUCCGUCAAGUCAAAAAUCAUCAUUAG